AGCACAAUACGUAAAAAUGUUAAAAAAAGCUGUCGAUGGAAGAUUUUCAGUAUUUUGUAUUGGCUUCGGGAGGAAUUUAAAUCCACGAUUUUCUUAAACGUCUGGCAAAUGGAAAAUGAUGGUCUUGCGAAAAAAAUCUAUGAAGAUUCUGACGCUGAUCUUCAACUAGAGGGAUUUUUCCAAAGAAGUUGCCACUCCACUACUUCUUUCGUGUUGUUAUGUCGUAUUCUGGUUUCCAAUAUUUCCGAUGUCAGCAAAGUACACUGCGAUCAAUAUUUUGAUGGAUCCGAAGUUCUUAUAGUUGGUGCCAAGUUGGAUGACAAACCACUGCAUUCAAAAAUUAUUGGUCAUUCACUUGAGGGUGAAGUGGAGUACAAUAUUGUAAGCAGUGGAAGUUGACGAUUCCUUUCAACAUUGGUAAUGAUGAUACAGGCGACUUCGAAGAUUUUAUCGAAAAGAAUUUGGGCGUAUUACUCCAAUCAGAGAAAAAUUAGAAGACAAGGUUUUAGGCCGAAA